AUGUCUACAAACAAUGGCUCGCCAAAAACACCCGUCAAUCACGCACCCAAAGGCUGCCGUCAUAAAGUCAAGCCUUGCUCUACGCGCCCUCCACGCCCCACGCCCAUACUGUCUGCCAAAGAGCGCCAGUCUCGCAUCGCAGAACUCGCAGAGCUCCCAGAGUAUGUCAAGACCAACUUGCCUUCCUGGUUCGACAAAGAACCGCAAGAGUUCCAGUUGGAUGCGAUACGUGCCACACACCUUGGCGAGGACGCCGUCGUUCACGCGAGUACGGGGUCAGGAAAGACGUUCAUCGCGGCGGCUCCCCACUUUCUACCUUCCAAUCAAGGAAAAGGAAAGGUCACGCUGCUCGUUUCGCCUCUCAUUGCUUUACAUGAGGAGCAGGUGGUGGCGUUCCAAGACGAGUUUAAGCUCUCCGCUAUCGCCGUCAACUCAGCGCAGGGGGAGAAAACGGGCUGCUCCGCGCAGAAGAUGAAGCAAAUUGUCAGUGGCAAAUGGCAGAUCGUGAUUGUGUCGCCCGAGAUGCUCCAGACACGCAGAUUUAUCGAAGGUGUACUUCGCAAGCCCGACUUCGCCGCCCGAUGCAUAUCCGUCUUCAUUGACGAAGCUCACUGCGUCUCACAUUGGGGUGCUGGAUUCCGCAAAAAGUACGGGACUAUCGGUACCAUACGUGUUCACCUCUGGCGCUCGACACCCUUCAUUGCGGUAUCUGCAACUCUAACCGCACGCGUACGGUACGAUAUCCUUGACAAGCUUCAAUUCAAUCCAAACAACUAUCGUUACAUCAACAUCGGCAAUGACCGUCCGAAUGUUGCGCAAGUCGUUCGCUCCAUCGAGCAUCCCCUCAAAAGCUUCGCAGACCUCGACUUUGUCAUUCCACCCCAUGUCUCGGCUGUCACCGACAUCCCAAAGACCAUGAUCUACUUCGACGACACAUCUGGAGGCGCCGACAUGGUCGAUUAUCUGAACAGUCGGGUUGCCGACCAAUUCAAGCACCUAGGACUCGUACGUCCCUACAAUGCCGCCAUGUCCAGUACGUACCGCAAGAGAGCAAUGAAACUAUUCCGUGCGGGAGUGCUUCGGGUCUUGGUUUGUACGGAUGCAGCAGGGAUGGGAUGUAACAUACCAGAUAUCGACAUUGUCGUCCAAUGGAAGGCACCAAAGACUCUCAGCUCAUGGGUCCAGCGCGCCGGUCGAGUCGCUCGGGGGCGAGGGCGGAAAGGUAUAGCCGUCAUGCUAGUCGAGAAGAGCGCAUUCCAAGUUGAUCCUACAUCAGCGUUGGCGUCUUCUGAGGAUGAUUCGGGCAGUUUGGCGGGAUCGUCGCAAUCAAGAGGUGGACGCGGAAGGAGAGGAGGGAAGAAUGGUCGCCGUGGAAAUGGUCAAAGUGGCGGUGGCGGUGGUUCCGGGCAUGGGGCGGCUCAAACGAGGAGAUUAACAUUGGCGGACGCAGUGCUUCGUGGACUGAAGCGCGGAUCAUGCAGCGGGAAGGAUGAUGCUAUUUUGGUGAGGAAUGAGCCAAUACUCACCGAGAAUGCACCUCUCGAGGGGUUGUACAUCUUCGUACAAACUACGGAGUGUCGACGUCGCUUCCUGUCAAAGGUAUUUCAGAAUGUACCGCCCGUUGUAUCGGCCGCCGAGUGCUGUGACCUGUGUAACCCGACAUUGUUCAAUAGAGUUCGAGGAGGCAGACCUUUAAAGGUUGCUCGUCAAGCAGGUAUCAAGCGCCACGAUCCGCUCCCCAACGUACGUGAGGCUCUCUAUGGAUGGCGUCGAGAAGCGAAGCACAAACACUUUCCUCGAGCUCGUUGGGCGCCACACGCUCUCUUAGACAACGAUACAUGCGAGCUCCUUGCAUGCGUCCAUCCUCUUGCAAAUAAAGCUGUUUUGGAAAAGCUUCUCAAGCCUGGUUGGGCCCACUGGACCGACCUCGGCGACGAACUCUUUGCAUGCUUGAGUGCCCUGCCAGCCCGCAUAGUCCCGGUCCUCACCGAACACCCAUCAUCAGCGACAGCCACUCCAUCGGCGACUGCUCAUACGAUCCAGUCCACGACACAGCAACUCCAUCACGACUCUAGAGGCAAAAUGUCAGGCGGACGCUCGCACAACGACACUCUCGUUUUAGAAGACUCUGCUUCGGCACAACCACUGAAACGUGCUCUCGAUGCGAGCACCAUAACGCCGACGACUACGAGACGGGCCCAGAAACGGGUCCGCAUCGCGGAAGACCCGCAAACACCUCUCGACCCUUUACCAUCACCUAGCAAACAUGGCACAAGCUCCCGCUCGUACGUUUCAUCGCAAGGAUUCACGAUACGCGAUGAUUCGCCACAGCGCAAGACUAUCGCCUUGCCCCCUCAUGCUCGCCAGAUGCUCGAUCAAUCACCCAGGUCUUCGCAAUCUACGCAUUCUUCCUUACCGCCACACCCAAAUUUCUCUAUGCUUCCACCACCGUCGUCUCCUCCUGCGUACUCUGUUCCGCCGUCAGCUCCUGGAGGCAUGUGGCCCAGCUACGCAGGCUCACAACGAGGCUCGUCAACAGGGCCACACUAUACUCCAACUUUCGCCUCACAAUCCAGCUCACUGCUCAGAGAUUACCCCGAUUUGCUCUCUGAGACGCCACAUCGCACCCGACCAGCGCCAACUCGAAAGCGACGGAGUGCCGCUGUAGCGAAUUCCACCAAUGACCCAUCAGGUCUGGUGGCACCGUAUUUCACUUCGAACGCGAGCGCCCAGUCGACGACAGCGUACUAUCCAUCUGCGACACAAGCACAGACGCCACACACAACCACGACAUAUCCAUAUUGGCCCACGAAUCAGCACACCACACCCUGGACAUCGACUCAGCCCAUCUCUCACUCUCCACAGUCCCAUAACACGCCACACGGGGCUCACAACACUAUGGCCACGAACGUGAACCCAGCCACUGCCGCUCAUACGAUGCAACAUGGCGCCGGUCCUGCCCAUCUCUCUCCAGGAUCACAACACCACACACCCAUUCAGGAUGUCCCGACAAUACACCACGUACCUAAUCCCCAUCUUCGGUCUCAAGCCUCGCACUUCCAGCCAGAUGAAACCACGCUUCUCUCGCCACUUGUCCAACCCCAGCCCUCCCGCCACUCAGCAAUCCCAAGCCCAAAUGACAUCCCUCGGCCAUCCACGACGUGUGAGGUGGUGGACAAGGAGAGCCCAGUAGAAGUACCAGAUACAGAUCUCGAGAGCAAGGAAAGCAUCGAGAGAGCUCCAGCAUGA